UUGUGAUGAUACUCCUUCGGUCAUGUGCCAAUCCACACAGUAAUGUGACUCUGUGCGCAUGCGCAGAGACUAACCGCUCCGGUUGCUCCUGUUGUAAACAAGACGGCACAACAACAGUAAACGGUUUGAUCAGGCUACCGGGAGUGAAGGCACAUUUUACCUGGUACAGGCUGACUGUGGAAAUGAAAGGACACCAGAAAAGUUCUGAACCUGAUGUCAAUGUUCCAGUCAUUGAAGAAGGGGCAGUUGCUACUGCAGAGGACCCAUCAGCAAUUACAACUAUUCAGUCUGCUUCUACGUUCUCCUCGGAGCAGCCGAUCAAAUACCUCUUCAAGACUGAGGGAGCCGGGGGGCAGGUAGGGGAGCUGUACCCUCCCCCAGGGCAGGUUACAUAUCGCGUAAUCCAAGUUGCAGAUGGACAGCUGGAAGCUCAAACUGAAAGUGCAACAGCUGUUAGUGUAGUGACUGGGUUUCCUGCUACAACACAGCCUCUUACGCAGGCUGUUUUUUCUCAGUCAGAAGGCUUGGAUGGCGAUGGCACAGAAACCCAUUACACAUACUAUCCUGCUACUAUAUCAGACGCAGCGGCCGGGACCAUGGUGACUGGAGUUCAGGCCUCAGAUGCUCUGCUUAGUCAAAGUGCUCCUGCAGGUCAGUUGUAUGUUAUGAUGUCUCCACAGGAGGUCCUUACUGGAGCCAACCAGAGGUCUAUUGCACCUCGUACACAACCUUACAAUGCUAAGACAGAGGGGCCAAGAAAUUCAAGAGAUGAUAAAAGGCGAGCUCAGCACAAUGAAGUCGAGCGAAGACGUAGAGACAAAAUUAACAACUGGAUUGUUCAGCUCUCCAAAACAAUUCCAGACUGCACCAUGGAUUCCACUAAAACUGGACAGAGUAAAGGUGGGAUCCUAUCAAAGGCCUGCGAUUACAUUCAAGAGCUGCGACAAAGUAACAGCAGGUUAGGAGAUGAACUGAACACCCUUGAGAGGUUGAAGAUGGAUAACCAGCUGUUACGGCAAGAGGUGGAAGAUUGGAAAUCUAAGAAUCAGAUUUUGAGGAGCCGGCUCCGGCAGCAUGGCAUAGUUGCAGCAGCAAGUGCAGAACCCCAGUGAAGAGUUAAAAGGAUGUUGGAGUUUUGAAAAUUUAGAUCGAAAAACAUUCAGUGCAGAAGAUUCAAUUUUCUGAUGUUUUUAAACAACCUUGAACAAUGCAGGACUUACAUAAUGCAGUAUUAAACAAACUGGUGAUGAUUCUC